GGGCUACUCCAAUCCCGGAAAGUUCACCGGAGGCGAGAGAUGCUGCUGCAUCAAGUUGGUUUCAUCUGCGGAGUCCUGUCCUUGGUGUGGUGUGCGACCAGUGUACUCACCAGCCUCGGACAUGAAACAGCUUCCAAAGACAAACAUAAAUUACCUGAAGUAUGGAGGAACAGAAGACUGAUGGCAUCAGUUAAUGGGACUCAGGCAGCCAAGAAUUGCACGGAUCCUGCAAUCCACGAGUUCCCCACGGAUUUGUUUUCCAAUAAGGAACGGCAGCACGGAGCAGUCUUGCUACAUAUUCUCGGAGCACUUUAUAUGUUCUAUGCCUUGGCUAUAGUAUGUGAUGACUUCUUUGUUCCAUCAUUGGAAAAAAUCUGUGAGAAACUACACCUGAGUGAAGACGUUGCUGGAGCCACGUUUAUGGCAGCAGGAAGCUCGACACCGGAGCUGUUUGCUUCUGUCAUAGGUGUAUUCAUCACACACGGAGAUGUAGGGGUUGGGACCAUCGUGGGCUCUGCUGUUUUCAACAUCUUAUGUAUAAUUGGAGUCUGUGGAAUAUUUGCAGGACAGGUGGUCAAUCUGACCUGGUGGGCAGUGUGCAGGGAUUCUGUAUAUUACACUCUGUCCGUCGUCGUUCUCAUCGCGUUCAUCUAUGAUGAGGAAAUUGUGUGGUGGGAAGGUCUGGUGCUCAUCAUUAUGUAUGCAUUUUAUAUACUUAUCAUGAAGUACAAUGUGAAGAUGCAAGCCUUUUUCACCAUCAAACAAAAAAACAUUGCCAAUGGAAACACAGUGAACAGUGAGCUGGAGGAUGGUAAUGAUUACUAUGACAUUAGCUAUGAUGAUCCUUCCGUGCCAUUGCUAUGGGAAGUGAAGGAGAAGCCGCAAUAUGGCAAAAAUCCAGUGGUGAUGGUGGAUGAGAUCAUGAGCUCCAGUCCCCCCCAGUUCAGUUUCCCGGAGGCUGGACUACGUAUAAUGAUCACUAAUAAAUUUGGGCCCAGGACCAGGCUACGGAUGGCAAGCAGGAUCAUCAUCAAUGAGCGCCAAAGACUGAUUAACUCUGCCAAUGGUGUGAGUAAGCCACUGCAAAACGGGAGGCAUGAGAAUAUAGAGAAUGGGAACAUACCAAUGGAGAACCAAGAGGAGCAGCAAUCUCAGCAGCAGCAGCAACAGCAGCAGCAACAACAGGAACAGCCAGAGCCUGAGUCCACAGAAACAGAUUUCCUGUCUCCCUUUUCCAUGCCAGAAGCACCCAUGGACAGAGCAAAGUGGAUCUUCACCUGGCCCCUGAUAUUCCUUCUGUUCAUCACCAUCCCAAAUUGCAGCAAACCACGCUGGGAGAAGUUGUUCAUGGUCACCUUUGUCUUCUCCACCCUCUGGAUCGCUGUGUUUUCCUAUUUAAUGGUGUGGCUGGUGACUAUUAUUGGAUACACACUUGGGAUCCCUGAUGUUAUCAUGGGCAUUACUUUUCUGGCAGCAGGAACAAGUGUACCAGACUGCAUGGCCAGCUUAAUUGUGGCCAGACAAGGUAGCGUGCUUGGUAUCCAUCUAAAUAAAUGGAGACUUGACAAGAAACUUGGCAUCUAUGUGUUGGUGCUCUAUGCCAUUUUCUUGUGCUUCUCGAUAAUGAUAGAGUUUAACGUCUUUACUUUCGUCAACUUGCCAAUGUGCCGAGAAGAUGAUUAA